AUGUCUGUGUUUUCUCUCGAUGCCGCCAAAGGAAACCCGGUCACCUCCAAGACUGUGGACAAAUUAUGCUCUCAACUCGGAGUUAGUAUCGAUGAUUCGGAGAAGGAUGCUUACACUCGCCUGCUGGCUGUUUUCCACGAUGCUAGCGAGCAACUGAUGGCAAUGGACGAUUACGUCCCACCGGUUGACCAAGAACGCUAUCCCAGGGAGGAUGUUCAUUUCCCCGAGAAAGCUGAGAACUCACACGGCGCCUGGGCAUGGAAGUGCCGAAUAGUAGACAAGCAAACCAAGGGCGGGAAACUUCAGGGCAAGACUUUCGCUAUCAAAGACAAUGUUGCGGUCAAAGACGUUCCCAUGUUACUCGGUACCAACUUCAUCAAAGGAUACGUGCCAGAUUGCGAUGCAACGGUCGUCACACGAAUCCUCGAAGCUGGAGGCGAGAUCUCGGGCAAGGCUGUGUGCGAGAACAUGUGCCACUCAGCCACGAGCCACUCAUCCGGUACUGGUGUGGUUGAGAACCCUUUUGCCAAAGGCUACAGCUCUGGUGGUAGCUCAAGUGGUUCAGGCGUCCUCGUAGCCCUCGGUGAGGUCUGGGGUGCGAUCGGUGCAGAUCAAGGUGGCAGUAUACGCGUCCCCGCUGCCAAUUCUGGAGUCGUGGGAAUGAAGGCCACCUUUGGGCUUGUGCCGUAUACGGGUAGCGGAAGCAAUGAGCCCACCAACGAUCAUUUGGGUCCUAUGACCCGGACGGUAUUAGACAACGCCAUCUUUCUUGAAGCUAUUGUAGGUAGCGACAACAUCGAUGAUCGCUCUUUUGCCGCGCCUCAUCCGUCUAAGGUUCCUACAUACAGCACAGUGCAGGCAAUUCCUGACGACAAGCCACUUUCAGGUAAGAAAUUUGCGAUCAUCACCGAAUCUCUGUCAACUCCGGCGACGGAUCCUCGCGUCAUCGAAACUUUCAGAGCCGCAGUCUCGAAAUUUGAAGAGCUUGGCGCUACUGUAACGGAAGUAUCAAUACCAAUCCAUUCGAAGGGAGCAGCGAUAUGGACCGGCAUAAGUAAAGUAGGAGGUUUCCUCGCGAAGACUUCUGGCUCAUUCGGCAGAAGAGGCCACCAAAUGCUCAGCCUCAACACCCUUAUCCAUCCCAUGGCGCAGGAAAAUUGGGACGAGGCCUACGUCUCGACUAAGAACGUUUACUUGAACGGCCUGUACGCGGUACAGAACUUCCCGUUACUGCUCGCCAAGGCCACGAAUCUAUCUCGUCAGCUGCGAGACGCAUACGAUACAGCGCUCAAUGAAUACGAUCUCCUUCUUACACCAACAUUGCCUUAUGUCGCCACCAGUCAUGCAGCGCCUGAUGCUGCACCGCUUGAGCAGAUCAAGAAGCAAGUCGGAUUGACAUCCAACACAGCACCAUUCAACCAAAGCGGUCACCCUGUAUUAGCUAUGCCCAUUGGCAUGUUACCAGUAUUGGAAGGGCCGGGCGUGCAGGACAAAGUCAAGCUACCAGUCAGUAUGCAGAUCAUAGGCAAAUGGUGGGAGGAGAUGUCAGUUUACGAGGCAGCUUUUGCAUGGGAGAGGGCGAAUGAUUGGAAAAAGAUGUGA